AUGAGAACGUGUCUGCAACCGUCUUUGGGAUUGAGAUGCGACUGCACAGUACCCGAAAUCAAGGAGUGGAAGUCAAUAAGGGAUGCGCACAAUAGGGAUCGUUUGCGACCACAAUUAGGAUCGGCAGCGAGACCGAUUGCCGGCAUGCGCAGAACACUAUCGUUUUUGAACACGUCUCAUGUGUCAGGGCCGCGAGUGACAAACAUGGCCGAUGAUGACGACUAUGAUUUUCUUGACGAAAUUGAUCCUUUCAUCUUCUUUACUGGGGCGAAAAAAGGAAGAGCCAUGGACCUCGAAGAAGUCACUGGGAACUUCAAAGAAGUUCGAAGACACUCUCGGGGAGAGUGA